GCUGGUACAGGGAGGAGGUCUGAGCGUUGCUCUGUGUGUUUCAGGCUCCGCUUUAAAUCUUUCUAAACUGCCAAUUUUUCGACAGCAUGGGUCGCAAGGUUACAGUGGCCACUUGCUCCUUAAAUCAGUGGGCUUUAGAUUUUGACGGCAAUGUGUUGAGAAUACUGAAAAGUAUUGAGAUAGCCAAAGCCAGUGGGGCCAAGUACAGACUGGGACCAGAACUGGAAAUCUGUGGAUACGGAUGUGCUGACCACUUCUAUGAAUCAGAUACGCUCCUCCACUGCUUCCAAGUUCUCAAACAGCUGCUGGAGUCCCCAGUGACUCAGGAUAUUAUAUGUGAUGUUGGCAUGCCUGUUAUGCACCACAAUGUCCGCUAUAACUGCAGAGUCCUUUUCCUGAACAAGAAGAUCCUACUGAUUCGGCCAAAAAUGCUUCUGGCUAAUCAUGGAAACAACAGGGAAUUCCGCUGGUUUUCAGCGUGGAGUCAGCCCAGACAUAUUGAGGAGUACUUUUUGCCUAGAAUGAUCCAGGAUGUGACUGGACAGGUCACAGUGCCGUUUGGAGAUGCAGUUCUCUCCACCAAGGACACCUGUAUAGGAAGUGAGAUCUGUGCUGAGCUGUGGAACGCAAGGAGUCCUCACGUUGACAUGGGUUUAGAUGGCGUCGAGAUCUUUACGAACUCCUCUGCCAGCUAUCACGAACUUCGCAAGGCUGACCAGAGGGUCAACUUGGUGAAAUCAGCCACCACAAAGAGUGGAGGGAUCUACCUGUUUGCUAAUCAGAAAGGCUGUGAUGGAGAUCGCCUGUACUAUGAUGGAUGCUCUAUGAUUGCCAUAAAUGGAGACAUUGUGGCUCAGGGCAAGCAGUUCUCCCUUGAUGAUGUGGAGGUCAUCACAGCUACUCUUGACCUGGAGGAUGUGCGCAGCUAUCGAGGAGAGAGAUGUCACCCACACAUGGAGUAUGAACACAAACCAUAUCAAAGGAUCAAGGUCGAUUUCUCCUUGUCAGACUGCAAAGACAUCUUCCUGCCCACCCAUCAGCUUGUAGAGUGGGUCUUCCAUUCCCCUGAAGAAGAGAUCAGUCUUGGUCCUGCUUGCUGGUUAUGGGACUAUUUAAGGAGGAGUGGUCAGGCUGGCUUCCUUCUUCCUCUCAGCGGUGGAGUAGACAGCUCCUCCUCAGCAUGCAUCGUCUACUCCAUGUGUGUGCAGGUCUGUCAAGCUGUCAGAGAUGGCAAUGCACAGGUGUUGGAGGAUGUUCAGCGGCUGGUGUGUGACGCGUCUUACAGGCCAGAAGAGCCACGAGAGAUGUGUGGACGGCUCUUCACCACUUGUUACAUGGCCAGUGAGAACUCCUCGGAGGACACCCGCAACCGAGCCAAAGAACUGGCAGCCCAGAUUGGAAGCAAUCAUCUUAACAUCAACAUUGACAUGGCAGUGAAAGGCAUGUUGGGAAUCUUCUCCAUGGUGAUGGGAAAGUGGCCUAAGUUCCGUGUAAAUGGAGGAAGCAGCAGGGAGAACCUGGCUUUGCAGAAUGUGCAGGCUCGUGUCAGGAUGAUUUUGGCCUACCUCUUUGCCCAGCUGUGUCUGUGGGCUCAAGGAAAACCUGGUGGUCUGCUGGUCCUUGGCUCAGCCAAUGUGGAUGAAAGUUUGACUGGCUACUUCACAAAGUAUGACUGCUCCAGCGCUGACAUAAACCCCAUUGGAGGUGUCAGUAAGAUGGACCUGAAGCGCUUCCUACAGUACUGUGCAGAACACUUUCGGCUCACUGCUCUUAAGAGUGUCCUGGCCGCCCCUCCCACUGCAGAACUCGAGCCCCUGACCGAGGGCCAGGUUUCUCAGACGGAUGAGGCUGAUAUGGGGAUGACGUAUUCGGAGCUGUCUGUGAUUGGCAGGCUCCGGAAGAUCUCCAAGUGUGGUGCGUACAGCAUGUUCUGCAAGCUCAUUCACUCAUGGAGAGAGACCUGCUCCCCUUCUCAGGUGGCUGCCAAAGUAAAGCACUUUUUCAAGAUGUAUUCAGUCAACAGGCACAAGAUGACUACAGUGACACCGUCCUAUCAUGCUGAGAGCUACGGCCCUGAUGACAACCGAUUUGACCUCCGUCCCUUUCUCUACAACACACGCUGGUCCUGGCAGUUCCGCUGCAUCGAUCAUGAGGUUUCCAUGAUGGAGGGUGAAUAUGUGGAAUCUGUCUAACGUCCUUGAUUAGUGGCGAUCAUUUUAAGGUUCUGCUCACCUUGUAAAUCCUGUUAACUGUAAUCCAUGUAACAUUUUUACAACUGUUUUCCUUACUUUGAUCUCCACACUCAGUUUUACAAAUCUUUUAUACUGUUUUCUACAAGGUUAAUACAAAAUAAAAGAAACAAGCAAAACA